GUAUACGGGACAUUCCUACAGAUAACCGCCCAGAUGACUGUAUCCGGAACUUAGAGAAACAUCUGAUAUCUUCAGAUUUUGAAGUAGAUGAUUGUGGUAUCAGACAAGAUACAUUUGAAGAGCAUGCCAAUAUGCAAGAUAUACCCUCAUUCAAUCACAACAAUGCAUCAUUUGAUUCUUUUAAACUGGUCCGAUCUUCUGAUUCAUCACAGACUGUAAAACAGAAUAAAAGUCACAGAAGAGGUGCUAAACAUCAAACAGCUCACGUAAAAGAAAAACCAUUUUCAUGUUCAGAAUGUGGUAAAUGUUUUGAGUAUAAAUCAUAUCUUGUUAUACAUCAGAGAAUUCACACAGGAGAGAAGCCAUUUUCAUGUUCAGAAUGUGGUAAAUGUUUUCACCAAAAAUCAAAUCUUGUUACACAUCGGAGAACUCACACAGGGGAGAAGCCAUUUUCAUGUUCAGAAUGUGGGAAAUGUUUUAAGAGUAAAUCAGAAUUUGUUAUACAUCAGAGAAAUCACACAGGGGAGAAACCAUUUUCAUGUUCAGAAUGUGGGAAAUGUUUUAACCAUAAUUCACAUCUUGUUAGACAUCAGAGAACACACACAGGAGAGAAGCCAUUUUCAUGUUCAGAAUGUGGGAAAUGUUUUAACCGUAAAUCACGUCUUGUUAUACAUCAGAGAAAUCACACAGGGGAGAAGCCAUUUUCAUGUUCAGAAUGUGGAAAAUGUUUUAACCAGAAAUCAGAUAUUGUUGUACAUGAGAGAAUUCACACAGGAGAGAAGCCAUUUUCAUGUUCAGAAUGUGGGAAAUGUUUUACCCAGAAAUCAGAUCUUGUUAUACAUCAGAGAAUUCACACAGGGGAGAAGCCAUUUGUAUGCUCAGAAUGUGGGAAAUGUUUUCACUGUAAAUCAGUUCUUAAAAGACAUCAGAGAAAGCACACAGGAGAGAAGCCAUUUUCAUGUUCAGAAUGUGGGAAAUGUUUUCGCAAUAAAUCAGAUCUUGUUGUUCAUCAGAGAAUUCACACAGGGGAGAAGCCAUUUUCAUGUUCAGAAUGUGGGAAAUGUUUUCACUGUAAAUCAGAUCUUGUUAGACAUCAGAGAAAUCACACAGGGAAGAAGCCAUUUUCAUGUUCAGAAUGUGGGAAAUGUUUUCACAUUAAAUCUCAUCUUCUUGUACACCUGAGAAUUCACACAGGGGAGAAUCCAUUUUCAUGUUCAGAAUGUGAGAAAUGUUUUAACCGUAAAUCAAAUCUUGUAGUACAUCAGAGACUUCAUACAGGGGAGAAGCCAUUUUCAUGUUCAGAAUGUGGGAAAUGUUUUAACUGUAAAUCAACUCUUGUUGUACAUCAGAGACUUCACACAGGGGAGAAGCCAUUUUCAUGUUCAGAAUGUGGGAAAUGGUUUAAAUGUAAAUCAGGUUUUGUUCAACAUCAGAAAAAUCACACAGGAGAAAAGCCAUUUUCAUGUUCAGAAUGUGGGAAAUGUUUUCACAAUAAAUCUGAUCUUGUUAUACAUCAGAGACUUCACACAGGGGAGAAGCCAUUUUCAUGUUCAGAAUGUGGGAAAUUGUUUAAAUAUAAAUCAGGUUUUGUUCAACAUCAGAGAAAGCACACAGGAGAGAAGCCAUUUUCAUGUUCUGAAUGUGGGAAAAGUUUUCGCAAUAAAGGAGAUCUUGUUGUUCAUCAGAGAAUUCACACAGGAGAGAAGCCAUUUUCAUGUUCAGAAUGUGGGAAAUGUUUUCACUGUAAAUCAGAUCUAGUUAGACAUCAGAGAAAUCACACAGGGAAGAAGCCAUUUUCAUGUUCAGAAUGUGGGAAAUGCUUUCACAAUAAAUCUGAUCUUCUUGUACAUCUGAGAGUUCACACAGGGGAGAAUCCAUUUUCAUGUUCAAAAUGUGGGAAAUGUUUUAACCGUAAAUCAUCUUUUGUUAGACAUCAGAGAAUUCACACAAUGGAGAAGUCAUUUUUAUGUUCAGAAUGUGAAAGGUGUUUCUGCUAUAAAUCAUCUCUUGUUAAACAUCAAAAAACCCACAUAUAAGAAAAGCCAUCUUCAUGCUUAGCCCGUUGGUGAUCUUCCUUAUGUGUUUUUAUUGUGGUCACUCACUGGCUUUAUUCCUUCAAAUACUCCAUUUUACAGGGAGAUAAAACAGCACCUUUCUUUCAGUUACCAGAGGUAGCUGAGGGCUUCGAGCGAUGAUUGGAACCGCUGUGAGAGCUCCCCAAACAAACAUAGUCUCCUGUAUUGAAUGAAUAUUGGUAAUCAAAGAACAGA